AUGGCCCUAUCGCUCUUCGAGGAAUUGAUCGUCUGUUCCCUUCAAUACUCCUCCGCGCCUGCUUCUACCCAUGACCCCAUCGUAUACCACGGGAUUGGCAGUCCUCCACAUCAACCUUGUCAACCCCAUGUGCCAACGUUUGCAUUCGGUCCGUCCUAUCUCCCCAGACAGGGUCCCCCUAUGAUAAACUCAACUGGUAGCCCAACGUCAUUCGACACAGCAACUCGGUACGACGGUGACCCGUGCCGUUACCCAUCCUACGAUUCGGAUACCAUACACACGAGGCAACCGCGGCCGCCCCCGAACCGCGUCCAGAUGUACCGCAGGCAAACAACCACCGAGCCUCCCCGUUUACUUUAA